AUGCAGCCUCUUCAUCGAACACAACUGGAAGGUUUGUAUUCAUAUUUGAAUUUAUUCAAAGUUUAUUUUAGUCAUUCCGCGACUGAGAAGACGAAAACUAACGAAGCUUCAACAACUUCAAAAUCGGUUCAAUCGGGCGUUCUUGUGGCUGCGGCCGCUGCUGCUGUUCACAAUCCUGUAUCAUCCGAAGCCUUUGUCGCUGCAGCCGCAGCUUUUGAAAAUCGGUCACCUCGUUUUGCCUCUUUGUUGCACCAACAGGAACAGAUAACAACCUCAACAAUUCUUCCUUCAUCUUUUUUAACAAACACUUCAAAUGCCUUGGCGUCUUCUGCAUUGUUUGAAAAUAAAAUACCACAAAUUGUCAAUACUUCGAAUUUGGGAUUACCUAGUAGCAGUUCCAACAACAAUUUAAAUAGUUAUAACUUUUCACCAUUAAUGACCAGUUCAUUACCAUCCACAGUGGCAGCUGCUGUACAUCAGCAAAGUAUUAUUGCCAGCACUACAAUUGCUGCUAGUGAUUUUGCUGUUUCAUUUGCUUCACAAUUGGCAGCUGCUGCGGCUGUGGUUGGAGGGGUGGCAACUUCCACGGUUCGAACUGAUUCAGCUGAUGCGGUCACAGUCGAUUCUUCAGCUUCGACAACCACAAGUUGCGAUAUGCAGCAUAUAGGGUUUACUUCAUCCAUUAAUAACAACAGUGUUGAUAAUAGCGGUAAUGGCUGUCCAAUGGAGGUUGAACAACCUGUUGGAACAUCACCAUUAGUAACUACAAUAUCCCCAUCACUUAUUGGCAUAAAUAGAUCAUCACUUGAUGAUAUUUCUAUUGGUUCACAGCCCAGCCAUGCACAGAAUCAAAGCAGGGCGGUUGCAGCCGCAAUGCUUGGAGCAAAGUCUCAACGUGCUGCUGGAUUUCUUAGCACCAUCGUGCCUCGUAUGCAGCAUCUAUUAAACUCAACUACAAAUUCUACAACAGCUCCGGCCAUGCUUUCGAUCGUUGAGGGUCUCAAAUCUUCCAAUGAAAUUCGUCAAUCAGAAGCGGCAUCUGAGUUAGCAGAGAUGCUAUUGCUAGGAAAUGAAGAGAGCCUUCCAAAUAUGCCAAUUGUUGAGAUUGUCCAAGCUCUGUGUGGACUCCUCCAAAAGGACGAUAAUUUUGAAUUGAUGCUUACUGCUGCUCGCUGUAUCACAAAUAUGCAGGAAGCGCUUCCGCGAGCUCUUCCAGCAAUCGUUGAGACAAUUCCUUUGCUUUUGGCGAAACUUAAGCGUAUCGAAUACAUUGAUGUGGCCGAGCAGUCUUUAAUUGCACUUGAAGUUAUGUCGCGUCGUAAUGGCAAACAAAUUCUUUUGCAGGGAGGCAUUACAUCAGCAAUUUCUCAUGUCGACUUCUUUUCUUUGCCUUCACAACGUCUUUGUUACCAGAUAUGCGCAAAUUGUGCGUUAAAUGUUUCUCAGAAUGAAUUUCAUCUUGUUAAGGAUUGUUUGCCUGAUUUGACUCAGAGAUUAGUUUAUGUUGAUGAUAAGCGUUGUGUUGAAUCGAUCUGUACAUUUUUCAACAGAAUUAUUGAAAAUAUGCGACAAAAUGCUGACCGUCUUCGUCAAAUCACUGGUACUAGCUAUGAAUUUCUUCAAAAUGUUCAAAAGAUGUUGGCUAUACAACCAUCCAAUAUAACUCCUGGCAUUUAUUUGUCUCUUAUCAAAUCAAUUCGUUAUAUUGUUUCGCAAUGUUCUGAUGCUGCAUUAGCGCUUGUUCGAAUGGAUUUUGGCAACACAAUUAGAGCGUUGAUUGGACCUGAUCGGACUGAAAGCCCUUCAACUCCCAGUGCAUCAUCCGGUGAUUUGGGAGAGCGAAUUAAUAAUGGUAUUAAUUCGCGUCCUUCAGUUCAAAUUAAGGAGAUUAUUACAUUAAUUGGUCAACUAGUCGAAAAUCUGCCCCGUGGUGGAGAAGAAGUUGUUUCUUUAUUACAUCUUAUACCACUUCUAGUCGACAUUGGAAGCAAUUCAACUUGUUCUCAAUUACGUAAUGAAUCUCUAAAUGUGAUGAGUUCUAUUGUUAAAAUGGUCGAUAAAGUUGACACUUUGGAGCCAAUUCUACGUGACAUCCCAUUGGCUGUUUUUAUUACUCAAAUGUUGAGUUCUAAUCGGAAUCUUGGGACACUGCUUUCUAGUCUUCAACUGUCGAGAGUCUUGCUUGAUAAACUUCCACAAUUGUAUAUUCCAUUGUUUGAGGCUGAAGGCGUAUUUCAUGAAACUCGACGUCUUAUGCUACCUAUUGAGGCACCAACCAUUGAUAGAAAGCCUAAUUACUCUCGUAGUUCGAUGGCAGAACAUUUAUUGGAAGGAUUGGUAAAUUCCCACAGCGGCGGCGAUACUGGGGUUCGCCAAGACCUUGUAUGUAAAGAAGCAAAACAAAUUGCUGAUAAAUUUGCAACUGAUUAUGCUGCUCGUAAAUUCAGCAUCAAAGAACCUCAUCGUGCUCGAAAGUUAUUUGACAAACUCAAUGCUUUAGCCAAUAAGCUACGCAGUAAUAAGGAUUAUGGUGCUGAACCUUUGAUGGAUUUAAAGAAUUUACUUCUCGAACAAGAUAUUACCUCAUUCCAAUUUAAUCAAAGUGGGAUUCCUGAUGCAUUAAUCAGUUAUUUAUGUAAUGUCUCAGGCACGUCGCAACUACGCGGUAUUCGUUUAAAGCAUUUUGCUUCGGUUUUCAUGGGAUUGAACGAAGAUUCAUUGCAUGCUGACUCAAUUGGUGCUGAUAAUAAACGCCGUUACCCGUUUGAGUUAUUGGUUACAAAACUUACAAACACAAUUGGCACUAUGGAGCAAUUCCAAGUUCGUGUCACCAAUCUUUCUGGAAUUUUUACAAACGGUAGUGGCUCUUCGUCACUGGCACAAUAUCAGUCUGCUUUGUUGGGUGGCGGGGCUGGCGGUUCACUGUUUUCGACAACACUUCGUGGAGCACAGGCUUUACGAUUUUUCCAGAUGCAUCAAAUCCGUAUAAAUCUUCGUCGUCACCCUAAGUGCAAAAAUUUGCGUGAAUGGCGUCAUGGGAGAGGUUCUAUUAAAGUUGACCCAUUUACAUCAAUCUCUUCCAUUGAAAGGUUACAAAGUGUUUUUUAA